AUGCACGUGUGUAAACUAAAGAAAAGUCUCUAUGGAUUGAAACAAUCCGCUAGAUGUUGGAACUCUACACUAGAUAGUUUCCUGAAAUCCAGUGGUUACAAGCAAGUUGGCGCUGAUUCGUGCCUGUACAUGAAGUCUGUUAAGCUGCAGAAUGGCAAAAUCAAUUUUGUUAUCUUAUCAAUCCAUGUAGACGACAUCUUAUGGUUCUCGAACGACGUGAUUAUGUUAGAGGAAGAGAAGGUUGCAAUUGGCACUAAGUUCAAAGUGGAAGAUUUGGGCGAAGUUAGUCAUAUGCUGGGAAUGUUGAUCAAACGCGACCGAGACUCAAGAACACUAACCAUAAGUCAAUCCAAAUACUUGGAAGGUGUCUUGAAGAGAUUCAAUAUGGAAGAGUGCAAACCUGUAUCUACACCUCUUGAACCCGGAAAACAAUUCCACGAGUUAUCCGAUAAUUAA